AUGUUCUUACCCAAAUUGUCCAGUUUUAUAUCAGCAAUGCUUUUUGCGGUACAUCCAAUACACACAGAAGCAGUAACAGGAGUAGUCGGCAGAGCAGAAACUCUCUCAUCGGUUUUCUUUCUCGCUGCUUUUAUCUUUUAUUCAAAGGCAACAAAAUAUAAGAAAUAUACAGGCUGGAAGUAUUUAUGUUUGUCUAUGAUUGCUACGGCAACGGCUAUGCUUUGUAAAGAACAAGGAAUAACAGUUGCUGGAGUAUGUGCAGCUUACGAAAUUUUCGUAGUUCAAAAGAUUAGGCCUAAUCACGUAAAGGAAUUCGUCAAGGCAGCGUUAAGCACAAAAUCCAGUUAUCAUUUUCCCAAAUCGAACGGACCUACCAAACGCUUGGCCGCCAUGGCUGUCACUACGUUUAUACUGCUCUUAGGCCGGCUGCAAAUUAUGGGCUCCCAGUUGCCAGUGUUUACGCGUUUUGAUAAUCCGGCAUCGGUGGCACCAACCACAACGCGCCAGCUCACUUAUCAUUAUUUGAUCGGCGUGAACUUCUGGCUGAUGCUCUUUCCCUGCGAUCUGUGCUGCGAUUGGACGAUGGGGGGAACAGUUCCGCUGGUGGAGUCCUUUACCGACAUGCGAAAUAUGGCAACGCUUAGCACGUAUUUCUUUAUUGCAGCCUUGGUAUGGGUAGCGUUCAAAAACGAAAAAUAA